CUCUCUGCCCUUUUCUUGCCUAAAUAUCGGUGCGGCUUGGUCAUUCUUUCGCCGCCCGCUGCCGUGCUCUUGCAACCUCUCUCUCCUCCUCUCCUCCCAUUCCGACCCAGCCAAAUCUCACGAUUUCCCCGUCCUUCCUGCGAGGGCUGGUUCAUCCGUAGGGUUCCGUCGAUCGAUCGCUCGCCUAAAUCCUGCGGGUUCAUUUGCCCGGUCUUGAUUUUGGUGUGUUUUUCUUUUCUCGUUGUUGGGGUUCAAAUUCGUUUGCGUUCUCCUCUGAAAUCAUUCGGCGUCGAGGGGAUCUCUGUCCCCCUUGCCCCGAAUCGGGUCUUCCUUGAUCUCUUACUGCUUCUCUGCAGUCCACCAAAAAAUAUCUACAGGGAGAUCUCGUGUAGUUUCAGGGAAACAUACAAAUCCUUGGAAUUCCUCUCCCCAGUAGUUCGUUCCUUCUCUACUUUGGAAGAACCAGAUGGGUGAUGUAUCGUUGGAUCGACCGAUUAAGGCGGAGCCAGCGGCCGGCGGCAUUGGCAAGGGUAAUCAAAUUAUGGAUUUGAUGUCGGCGGGGUGGACAGAUGAGAGCCACACGCGUUAUAUAAGCUCGAUGGAAGCUUCUUUCAUCGAUCAACUCUACAAUCACGGACACAACGAGAAUCGCAACGAUUCAAGUGACAAUGGAUUCAAGGUUCUUCGGCGAGGAGUGUGGGAGAAGCUCAAAUUUGAGAGGACCAAUGCUUCUGCCCGAGUAGGGGGCGAAUACCGCCUGCCUGCAAGCCCCUGGAUUCGGCAUUAUAGACCGCGUGAUUGCAGCAUCAAUAAAAGAGAUCAUGGGGAAGAAACAUCAGCAGGCGAUCAUGAAUCGGGUAUCCGGACUGUUCGAGGGAAGACUCCGCUGUCUCAUGGAAGGGACUUGGGAGCUUGCAAGGGAGAGAACUUUCUUGAUGAAAAUACAGAGGUCUCUGAUCAGAACUUCGCUGAUGAUGAGGUGGAAGUCGAUGCAGAAUCAAGUAAAGUAUAUAAGAAGAGGAGAUUCCCCUUACUGCGCCCAAAUGAUCUAGAGAAUUCACAGGAUUAAUUGACUUAGUCUUGCAAGUGUCGAUGUGAAGGGCAGCACACUCAACUAGAACUAGAAUACCAAUGGCAUUUACCCUGGUGUUCUAGUUUGGGGUUGUUACAUAUGAAAAAUUGUGUGCUGCCUCAAAAUAUGUCAGAACUUGGAAGGCAAGGCUCUGGAAGCAUGGAAGAGUAUCUUUCUCGGUAAAUGCACAAUUAGUGAGGAGAGGACUGAAAGAGUUGGUGUCCACAAUUUAACAUAUUUGGUUCUUGUUAUGUAUCUGUCUAUGUUGCAGUUUCUAUCAGUUCGCUAUCCUGUGAGAAGAACAAUAGGCUCACUCACUAUUUACUAGUAGUAGACAAUAUUGUUGAUGCAGCGCGUUUUAUUGUUGUUGUACCCUGGCAACUAAUGUUUGCAAUGUGAAUGAAAUGUUCAUAUUUGCCCCAAGAUGGGAAUGAUCCUACAAA